GCGGAGGGAUCGCGCUGGCGGCGGCUGGCGGUGGCGGCGGCGUUGCGGGCGGCCGCGAGUUGUUGUUUCCUCCUCCCGCCGCCGCGCUGCCCGCGGGGCGAAUGCCGGAGCCGAGGCGCUGCCCGCGGAGCCGGCGGUGACGGGCGCGGCCCCCCCGCACCUCCCGCUUUCCCCUCGCCAUGUCCGGGGACGGCGGCGGCAGGCACACGGCGGAGCUGCGAGCGGAGCUCUACUUCCUCAUCGCCCGCUUUCUGGAGGACGGGCCCUGCCAGCAAGCGGCUCAGGUCCUGAUCCGAGAAGUGGCGGAGAAAGAGCUGCUGCCCAAGCGCACGGACUGGACGGGCAAGGAGCAUCCGCGCAGCUACCAGAACCUGGUGAAAUACUACCGACACUUGGCACCCGAUCACUUGCUUCAAAUAUGUCAUCGACUCGGGCCGCUUCUAGAGCAAGAAAUCCCCCAGAGCGUCCCUGGAGUGCAGACGUUAUUAGGAGCUGGCAGACAGUCGUUGCUUCGUACGAACAAAAGUUGCAAACAUGUUGUGUGGAAGGGGUCUGCUCUUGCUGCGUUACAUUGCGGGAGGCCUCCGGAGUCACCUGUGAACUAUGGCAGUCCACCUAGUAUAGUGGAUACCCUAUUCUCAAGAAAACUGAAUGGAAAAUACAGACUUGAACGCCUUGUUCCAACUGCAGUCUACCAACAUAUGAAGAUGCAUAAACGAAUUUUAGGACACUUAUCUUCUGUAUACUGUGUAACUUUCGAUCGGACUGGAAGGCGAAUAUUUACUGGAUCAGAUGAUUGCCUUGUAAAAAUCUGGGCAACAGAUGAUGGCAGGUUGUUGGCUACCCUGAGAGGGCAUGCAGCUGAAAUAUCUGAUAUGGCGGUGAACUACGAGAACACCAUGAUAGCUGCUGGAAGCUGUGAUAAAAUGAUCCGAGUUUGGUGCCUUCGAACUUGUGCACCCUUAGCAGUUCUGCAGGGCCACAGUGCAUCUAUAACAUCAUUGCAGUUCUCUCCACUAUGCAGUGGCUCAAAGAGAUACUUAUCUUCAACCGGGGCAGAUGGAACAAUAUGCUUUUGGCUGUGGGAUGCUGGCACCCUUAAAAUAAAUCCGAGGCCAACAAAGUUUACGGAACGCCCUCGGCCCGGAGUCCAAAUGAUCUGCUCUUCUUUUAGCGCUGGUGGAAUGUUUUUGGCUACUGGGAGUACAGAUCACAUCAUUAGGGUUUAUUUCUUUGGAUCAGGUCAGCCAGAGAAGAUAUCAGAGUUGGAGUUUCAUACUGACAAAGUUGACAGCAUUCAGUUUUCUAAUAGUAGUAGCAGAUUUGUGAGUGGAAGCCGUGAUGGAACAGCACGAAUCUGGCAAUUUAAGCGAAGGGAAUGGAAAAGCAUUUUGUUAGAUAUGGCUACUCGCCCAUCAGGACAAACUCUACAAGGUGUAGAAGAUAAAAUUACAAAAUUGAAAGUGACCAUGGUGGCGUGGGACCGCCAUGACAAUUCUGUUAUAACUGCUGUCAAUAACAUGACACUGAAAGUUUGGAAUUCUUUCACUGGCCAACUCAUUCAUAUUCUCAUGGGCCAUGAAGAUGAAGUGUUUGUACUUGAACCUCAUCCAUUUGAUCCAAGAGUUCUCUUCUCUGCUGGACAUGAUGGGAAUGUCAUAGUUUGGGAUUUGGCAAGAGGGGUCAAAAUCCGGUCUUACUUCAACAUGAUUGAAGGACAAGGACAUGGUGCAGUUUUUGACUGCAAGUGCUCUCCUGAUGGGCAGCAUUUUGCAUGUACUGAUUCUCACGGUCACCUUCUGAUUUUUGGCUUUGGUUCCAGUAGCAAAUAUGACAAGAUAGCAGAUCAGAUGUUCUUUCAUAGUGAUUAUCGGCCCCUUAUCCGUGAUGCCAACAACUUUGUCCUGGAUGAACAAACACAGCAGGCUCCACACCUUAUGCCUCCCCCGUUUUUGGUUGAUGUGGAUGGCAACCCGCAUCCUGCAAGGUAUCAAAGGCUGGUUCCUGGUCGUGAAAACUGCAGGGAGGAACAGCUUAUUCCUCAGAUGGGAGUGACAUCUUCAGGAUUGAAUCAAGUCCUUAGCCAACAAGCAAACCAAGAAGUUAGCCCACUGGAUAGCAUGAUUCAAAGACUUCAGCAAGAGCAAGAUCAGAGGCGUUCUGGGGAGGCAGGAACUAGUACUACCAGCCGGAUAAACAGAGCAUCUGUAAGUUCUACCUCUGAAGUUCAUUCACCACCAAAUAUAGGGUUAAGACGUAGUGGGCAAAUUGAAGGUGUGCGUCAGAUGCAUAGUAAUGCACCCAGAAGUGAAAUAGCAACCGAGCGGGACCUUGUGGCUUGGAGCAGGAGGGUUGUGGUGCCUGAACUGUCUUCUGGUGUGGCCAGUAGGCAGGAAGAAUGGAGAACAGCAAAAGGAGAAGAAGAAGUAAGGGUCUAUCGAUCAGAAGAGAAAAGAAAGCACGUAAUGAGUCAUAUUCAGAGAGAGAACAAAAUACCUACUUUCUCUAAGAACCAUUCUCAUGAUCAUUUACUAGACACCAGUGAAUCAAGAAAACAGCAAGCUAACCAGCACAACUACCGCACAAGAUACGCAGCAGAAGAACCUGCAAGGCCUGCUGAAGAGUUAGAAAAUGGACACUCUUCCUCAGAUGAAGGGGAAGUAGUUGUUGCCAGUGGUGGAACAUCAGAAGAUGAUGAAAGAGCGUGGCACAGUGAUGGCAGUUCUAGUGACUACUCUAGUGAUUAUUCUGACUGGACAGCAGAUGCAGGAAUCAAUCUGCAGCCACCAAAGAAAAUCCCUAAACUUAAAACAAAAAAAGCAGAAAGCAGUUCAGAAGAUGAGGAAGGACCUGAAAAACAAAAGAAGCAAAUUAAAAAGGAAAGGAAGAAAGGGAGUGAAGAGAAAGAUGGACCAUCAACGUCACCAAAGAAGAGAAAACCCAAAGAGAGAAAACAGAAGAGGCUGGCUGUAGGAGUUCUGGCAGAAAAUGGUUUGACACUGGAAGAAUGGCUGCCUUCAGCAUGGAUUACAGAUACUGUUCCUCGUCGGUGCCCAUUUGUACCACAGAUGGGGGAUGAGGUCUACUAUUUCCGACAAGGUCAUGAAGCAUAUGUAGUAAUGGCUAAGAAGAACAAAAUAUAUAGUAUUAAUCCCAAAAAACAACCAUGGCAUAAAAUGGAAUUACGGGAGCAAGAAUUGAUGAAAAUAGUUGGGAUUAAGUAUGAAGUGGGAUUGCCUACUCUCUGCUGUCUUAAACUAGCUUUUCUUGACCCUGAUACGGGUAAACUAACUGGAGGAUCAUUCACCAUGAAGUACCAUGACAUGCCAGAUGUCAUAGACUUCCUAGUUUUGAGGCAGCAAUUUGAUGAUGCAAAACAUAGACGAUGGAAUAUAGGCGACCGCUUCAGAUCAGUGAUAGAUGAUGCCUGGUGGUUUGGAACAAUUGAAAGCCAGGAACCCCUUCAGCCCGAUUAUCCCGAUAGCUUAUUUCAGUGCUACAAUGUCUGCUGGGAUAAUGGAGAUACUGAGAAGAUGAGUCCUUGGGACAUGGAGCUGAUACCAACUAAUGCUGUAUUUCCAGAAGAACUGGGAACUAGUGUUCCUUUAACAGAUGAAGAGCGUAGAACACUGCUCUAUAAACCUCUGGAUGGAGAGUGGGGCUCCAGGACACGAGACCAGGAGUGUGACAGAAUUAUUGCAGGCAUAAACCAACUCAUGACUCUAGAUAUCGCAUCUGCUUUUGUGGCCCCUGUGGAUCUUCAAGCUUACCCAAUGUAUUGCACUGUUGUGGCAUAUCCUACAGACCUGAGUACCAUUAAACAAAGACUGGAAAGCAGAUUUUACAGACGACUUUCUUCAUUAAUGUGGGAAGUCCGAUACAUAGAACAUAAUACUCGCACAUUUAAUGAACCUGGAAGUCCUAUUGUCAAGUCUGCCAAAUUUGUCACAGAUCUUCUGCUACACUUCAUAAAAGACCAGAGUUGCUAUGACAUAAUUCUAUUAUACAAUGCAAUGAAGAAGAAAGUGUUGUCUGACUCUGAUGAGGAAGAAGAGAAAGAUACAAAUGUGCCAGGGACUUCCACUAGAAAAAGAAAGGAUCAUCAGCCGAAGAGGCGGCUACGUAAUAGGGCCCAGUCAUACGACAUUCAGUCAUGGAAGAAACAGUGCCAGGAGUUGCUGAAUCUCAUUUUUCAGUGUGAGGACUCUGAACCAUUUCGGCAGCCGGUGGAUCUCCUUGAAUAUCCAGAUUACAGAGAUAUUAUUGACACACCUAUGGAUUUUGCUACUGUUAGAGAAACACUGGAAGCUGGUAACUAUGAGUCACCAAUGGAGUUGUGUAAAGAUGUGAGACUAAUUUUCAGCAAUUCAAAGGCCUACACACCAAGUAAAAGAUCAAGGAUCUACAGCAUGAGUUUGCGCCUUUCUGCUUUCUUUGAAGAACAUAUAAGUUCUAUUUUAUCAGAUUAUAAAUCUGCCCUGCGCUUUCAUAAAAGAAAUACAAUAAAGAGACGAAGGAAAAAAAGAAGCAGAAGCAGCUCAGUUUCCAGUAGCGUUGCAUCGAGUCCUGAAAGGAAAAGGAGAUUAAUAAAACCUCAGCUGAAGGGAGAACCUUCUGCCUCUUCAUCUUCUAUACCUGUGCGAUCAACAACACUGAGACAUGCUCCGCCUCAGAUGAAUGGAAAAGCAGCUGAAACCUCUUCUCUUGUAAGGACUAGAAGCAAUAGGGGGACAACAGAUGUGGCUUCUACAGAGCAACCAUCUACAUCUUCGGGAGGAAAGCCUUUAACAAUAAAGCCUUUAAUUACAAAACCUAAUACUACUGCAGGGUCAGGAAAGUCAGUACUGGAGAAUUCAACCAAACAUUCCAAGAACCAGAAUAUUUUACCAGUCUCUAGCCAAUCUGAUAACAGUCAUAACACUAGGAAUAACUCCACAAAAGAAAAUCCUGAGAAAGAGAAGCCAAUCAAACGCAAAGUAAAAUCCUCUGCUGUUAAUCAACAAGCAGAUUGCAAGAAUAAUGCUUUGGCAUCAGGAAGCAUUCAGGUAAAUGGACACGGAGGGCAGCCUUCAAAGCCUCCAGUUAAAAGAGGCCCUGGACGGAAACCGAAGAUUGAGGCUAAUAACAGUACUUGUGAAGUGGUGCACAAGAAAAGAGGCAGAAAACCAAAAAAGCUGCAAAUUGUUGAUCAGCAAAAGGUUGCAGAGCAGAAUACAGUCCAGACCACAAAGGAUGUACCAGAAGAAGCCUCUGCUUCUACUGCAUGCAAUUCGCUUUCUGAAAAUAAUAUGAAGGAAGACUUGGUACAAAAAAAAGGCCGUGGGGGUAGAAAGCCAAAAAGAAAGAUAAAGACACAUCCGUCAGGCUCGGACCUUUUAGUUCCUGCAAAUGUUAAAAUGCAAACAAGAAGCAGGAGGAAAAAGAUAGAUGAGCCUAUGGAAGAAGGGUCUGAGGAGCUUAAAGAUUCUGAACCUCACAUGAGAACUAGAAACCAGGGUAGGAGGACAGCCUUUUACAAUGAAGAUGACUCUGAGGAAGAGCAAAGGCAGCUAUUGUUUGAAGACACCUCCUUAACUUUUGGAACUUCUAGCAGAGGCAGAGUCCGAAAGUUGACUGAAAAAGCAAAAGCUAAUUUAAUUGGUUGGUAACUUUUACCAGGUGUUUUACUUCAGAAUGCUAUGAAGCAGGUACAGUUAAGGAACAGCAGAACAGACUUCUGCUUCCCUGCUGCUAUUAUGGGCUAGAAGAAUAUGUUCUGAUUUGGGAGAAAGAUCUAGCAAAAAAAACAAA